GUCACCGCGCUCUAGUGUAACGCAGCCUAGUUCGGGAAAGGCGGAACUACAUCUCCCUACAGCCUCUGCGCCCAGCUUCCGGUUCUGUUGCCGGGCAACGUGACGCUUGGACAGACAUACAGUGUACAGUGUUCUUUAUCAGGUGUCAUGGAGGCUCUAGAGGAGGUGGAUGAGCACAGACAUGAGGAGGAGAACAUCCUGAGUGACCAGGAGCUGCACCAUAUACAGGAGCACAUGGCACUCAUUGAAGUGACGGAUGCCUUCAGAGAAGAGGAAGAAGCUGCAGAUGUCACAAGGUUCCCAUUAUCCUACACUGAGAAUUCUCCUAAGGAGCAGACACUGCUGAACCUAGCUGAAAACUUCUUCCGUCAGUACACGCACCUCUACCCUGAUAGGAAGCCACUCUUCAAGUCCCCAUUAAAUGAGUGUGGUAUGGAGAAGUUUGUGUGCACCACACUACGUCCAACGCUUCUUCCUUACCCGGAGCUCUAUAACUGGGCUGAAUGUGCACAUUUUGUGUCAGAAUUUUUAACAAUGGAACCGCUGAACCCUGCGAUAGUGCUGCCUCGCUACCUCUUCUCCUCAUACUCUAUUUUACGGAAACAGAAGGGAAAUUGCUUUGAUUUUUCCAUCUUACUUUGCUCCUUGCUGCUGGGUGCUGGAUACGAUGCCUACUGUGUUAGUGGCUAUGCCACUCGAGAAAUGUGUCUUAUGGAUGAGACUCGAGAAACUUGUCCUUUACUGAAAACCACACAAGAGAGCCCUGGAGUAUCACUGGUAAAGCCUCACAAGAAAUACAGUGUGCGACCUCCAAGACAAUUAGUCAGUAAAUUUGAACUUCAGCAAGAAGUCAAGAAAGAGGCCAAGAUCCAGGCCGUCAACCUCAAAAAACAGGAAGAGGAGGAGCGUCGCCUUACAGAUGCAGAGAGGUCUGGUCCGGAUCCCCUGUACGGUCUCAGAGUUCACUGCUGGGUGUUAGUCCUGGCUGGGAAGAGAGAAGUGCCAGACAAUUUCUUUAUUGAUGCCUUGACAGGCAAUGCUUAUGAAACAAAAGACCCACAUUUUCUGGGUAUUGAGAGUCUGUGGAAUCACGAAAAUUAUUGGGUCAACAUGCAAGACUGUCGCAAUGGCUGCAAGGAUAUGACUUUUGACUUGGGGGACCCUGUGUUCUGGGAGUUUAUGCUGUUGAGUACCUCAAAGCCUAUCCUGCUCAUCCCAGACAUGAAGGAGGAGGAAGAGGAAGAGGAGGAGGAUGGAGACGAGGACCAGGUGUUGCUGCAGGUGCCAGCGUCCUGGGUACUGCCUAUUGUGGUGACAUUGAAAGAGUUUGAAACACGAUGUCCUCAGGGGAAGAAGCUUUUACAGUACAAAAAAGCCAAGCUGGAGAAAUGGGCCCCUUACCUACAGGAGAACGGUCACAUAUCUCGUCUCACCCUCUACCAGGACACAGAAUGCACCAAAGAGUUGGAACUCCAGGACUGGUUCCAGAAUCGGAAGGACAAGCUGGACAUGAGACAGCAGAAGAGACAGUCCGGAGUCACCACUGAGUAUUUUUCCCCAGGUCGCAUUGACGCAUUAAAGGCUCAUACCUUCCGCUCCCUGGUCCCGGAAACAGAGCGCACAAUGCUAUUUUACAGUAAAGCUCGUCUGGAUGGAUUAAAAAGACGUGAGGAGCAACCAAAAGAAAUGGUGGAGACCUUCCAGGGUCGGACGGAUUUCCUGUGUUACAGACACACUCUAUAUGGGAAAAGACCAAAGAAAGUUUCCAUAGCUGGAGGACCUGCAGAGGCCAACCCUCGACCCAUUCUGAAAAUUACAGAACGUUUUCAGAGAAAUGCUGAGAAGCCAGCCAAUGAGGAUGUGGCUGAGCGGAUUUUUUUGAUCACUGAAAAUCGCAUCCAUGUCCGCUGUCAUCGGCAAAAUGAUCACAUCACCACAUCCACCUGGGAAUUCCUGAAGCCUGCCAACCUAGGAGAGAAGGGAGCGCAUGUGGUGCUGAGCCCUGAGACCUGCAUCUCUUACCAGGUGGAACCAUUGGAGAAGUUUAACAAACAACUCUACGUUUAUGGGACUCUUGUUCAGCUUCAGCAGGGGGAACAGUGCGCUCACGAGGCAGUUCGGAAAUCUGAGGCAGAGGUGCUAGAGAUCCUUUCCAGGCGGGCUCAGGAAGAGGCAGAUCCACAACUCACAAUUUCUAUCUAUGACACUGAGAGAAAUAAGAAGAACAAGGAGCAGCGGGCAGCCGAGGAGCUUGCGCUACAGGAGGAGCGACAACGAAGAGCAGCACUGGAACUGGAUUAUCUGGCUCCAUACUUGGCACUUCUGGGAGACCCUGAGAAGCUGACACGACUGCAGGCUCAGCAGGUGAAGGAGGACUGUCUUCAGGACCUCAAAAACAGGCUCAUUCAGCAAGCUAAUCUUAUCCAGGCACGCUUCGAGAAGGAGACCCAAGAGUUGCAAAAGAAGCAGCAGUGGUAUCACCAGAAUCAGCCGUCUAUGAACAAGGAGGACGAGGAGGCAUACUUAGAGUACUGCUCUGAGGCCAUGUUCCGCAUUCAGAUCCUGGAGACCAGACUAAACAGACACAAGGAGUUGGCCCCCCAGAAGUACCUGGGUCUUGAAGAUCGGCUCAGCAAAGACCCCCGUCUGUGUGAGCAGCUGCUUUCUCUCUAGUCUGGACCUUAACAUAUUGUCAUUCCCCCACAGAACUAUCGGUAGUCAUGCGACCAGUGAGACAGAGAAGAGAUGAAGAUGGUACAUUGCUCAUGACUGUGCUGUAACAACCCUUUAAUAGAUUGAAUAAAUGUCACACACCUGUCA